AUGUGCACGCCACUGCGUUGGAAACAAGAGUGGCUGAAACGACCCAUAUUUCGCGGGUUCGAUGGCUCAGCUGUUUCGGAUGGGAAGCCUCUGCCGUAUCACAAGUUGAACGACGAUAUGGAGCGACAGACUCUUGACGCUGGGUUUGAGAAAGCGCUGGGACCGAAGGCAUUCCGCAGAGGAGCCGCUAACGCGGCGGAUGGCAACGCAUCUGACGCAGUGCGCGACCAGAUGAUGCGCCACGACCCGAGAUGGGCCACUUUCAAUGGCGCCUACAUCAACGAAAAAGUUGAAUUUCACCUCGAGAGAGUCGUCGCCGGCGAGCCGACAGAUGACUGUUUGAUCGAUCUAUUCACGCACAUGAGCUUGACGCGUGACCCAGAAGCGAGGCAGAACAUGGUGCCUGACGAGGUCUGGCAAAGUCUAGAACCCGAUCCAGAGAUCUCGGAACUGGAGGCUCAGAGGGACAAGUUUAAGAACGGGCGCUACCGAAUUCGAGGUACUAAACAUGAAGAUAAGGUGCGAGAGCUUACGAAGACAAUCCGAAUGAAGAAGGCGCAGCGUGAAAAGAGUAUUCGAGAGUACUAUCGGCAAUACUACUUCUACCAUCGUCCCACAUGGGAGAUUGAGCGACAGCUUGCCAACGAUGACCAUCAAGUCGAGGAAGUUUAUUCAGCACCAGUGAUCGACCUUCACAUACCGGAGCGCGCACGGCUGGCAAAACUGCUUUGUCAACAAGCAGAUGAUCUGGACUUCGAUGGCUUCUUGCGGCUGCGCAUUGAGGUUGCUGAGCUCAUGACUUCUCUUAUUGGGAAGCGAGAAACAGUCAAACGAAGGCGCAUCGUCAAUAAGGUACAUAGUAGCGUCGCCUGUUCUUCGCAGGGUGAAUCAUCGGAGCCCGACCGUUUCCCGCUGCUCAUGGGCAAGGCACAGUGUCCCCGUUGCAUCGGCGAUGAAUCAAUGACUGUGGAGGAGAGAACAUUUUCCUAUUGUCGGCCGGCUGUGAUGAAUGAUCAUUUUGGCCGCGAACAUCUUGUCACAAUGGAACAGAUGGAACGCGAUGGCUUCAUAGGCUGUAUGCACCCGAAGUGCAGAGAGGCGGACAUCAAGCUGCACAGUCUUGAUCAUUUUCGGAAUCACGUCGCCAGGGUGCAUGGUGUUGCCCUUCGGCCCACCCGACGGUAG